AUGAUAUUGUUGUUUUCUAGAAUUCGAGGUUACGUAGUGAAAGAUAAUAUCACGUAUCAAUUGUCACCUAUCGCUUUGUCGCCAACUGUCGCCGAAUUUUGCCACUUGUCGUUGAAUAUCACCGAAUGUUGCCAAAUGUUGCUAAUGUCGCCGGAUGUCGCCACUUGUCGUUAUUUGCCACCACUUAUCGCCACUUACCGGCAAAUGUCGUUACUUGUCGCCACUUUUCGCCGAUUGUCUCCAUUUGUCGCCGAUUGUCUCCACUUGUCGCCGAUUGUCGUCGAUUGUUGUCGUUUGUCGCCGAUUGUCGUCGAUUGUUGUCGAUUGUCACCGAUUUUAGUCGAUUGUCCCCGAUUGUUGUCGAUUGUCACCGAUUUUAGUCGAUUGUCACCGAUUGUUACCGAUUGUCGCCGAUUGUCGCCGAAUGUUGCCGAUUGUCGUCGAAUGUCAGAGAUUGACCAAAUCAAAGGAACAACGACGGUUAAUACCGAUUCUUCAAACGUCUAUUAAAUUUCUCAGAAGUAAUGUCCAGAUGAAAUAUUCCACAUUUUGGAACAUUUAUUUUGUUUCGUCUUGCCUUGACAGGACGAACCUGGUAUAACCUACACAAGUUUAGCUAUAUAAUAGACGCAUAAUGGAGACAAUAUCUUCUUGUUGCACUUGUAGUUUAUAAUCUAUUCAUAUCUAUCGUUAAAAUAAUAUACGCUCCGAACAAACAGUCUUAAGAUUCAUGCCUACAUUAAAAUUUUUAAUUAUUAAGCAUAAGCUACAAUUAAUACCAAAGUUUAUCCUAUCAUUAAGAAUUAACAUCCACCAUUUCUAUAUUAACAUUCACAUUCGUAUUAUCAUUCACAUUUGAUCUAUUCUUGGGUUGGUGCUCUUCAUCAAGGGCGUUACCAUUCAAAUCAUUAGAACUAAGCUUCCCUACCACGUCAAGGUAGUAAGCCAUUGGAGAAGGGGUCACACGGUCCCCACUAUCAAUCGAUCCGUUCCCCCACUACUUAUUUAAAUUUACUUACCACCACUCCAACCGACCACCCAUAAAUAGACAGAAACAAAAGCCAUGCAGCUCACAAGGCAUGGCGGUGUCAAAUAGUGGGGGUCAUCUUCUCCCACUUUACAGGCAAGUAUCAGUGCGGGCCACAUGUGGCCCGUUGUCCACCAAUUGUCCACCUUUAUUUUUUAUUUUAUAUAGUUCUUUAACAACGUGGAUUUUCUCCAAAUAAAGACACCUAAAUCACUUUCUCCCACCCAAUAAAAGUAAAUUUAGCAUCGUUUCAUCAAAAUUAUUUGUCAAUUUUCAAAGUGAAAUUGAAAAACUGAAAUAUACGAAGAAUUACUCGUUUAAUGGUAUAUAAUAUCUAUGUAAUAAUAAUAUCGUUAUAUUAUA